GCAUUAAUCAAUCAGUUUGGUGUGCAGAAGAAAAGCUGGCAGGGCCAACUAACCAAGAAACUGACCAAGACGAAGUGUUCCUUCCUCAGGAAGGAUGGAAAACUCUGCUGCUGCUGCUGGAUGUUUUACCCUCCUUGUUGGUUCCUCUCUGCUUUUGUUCCUCUUCUCUUGUUCCUCUUCUCUUGGUUUUGGUUGCCAUCCGUACAUUGGACACCAUGCCCAUCACAACCAGAGCGCAGGCUGCGACAGCCCACGAGCACAACAAUGCUGACGAUGGCGAUGAGAAAGGAUGGUGGAGUGAGAGCGACGAGGAAUGAUGGAGUGAGAGCGACGAGGAAUCCAAAACAUUCGAAGCAACGCUCAUGGGAAGAGCGUAUACCGCCUAUCGCACCUGGGCCAGUAAACGCAAAUUGCAAGUCAAGCAGCACCUUCCAGAUAGGAAAUCACUUCGGACUUACUCUGCCUCGUUGAAUUGUGACGAAAACCUCCAAAGCAUCCUAGAGUCAUCAAAGCCUCCAACCUUGGACAAACUAAAAUCGUUGCCGGAAUUCGCAAACACCGACGACCACGCUUUUGUCGUAUACCUGUUGAUACUCGAGAAACCUUCCGAAUACCAAGCCAGCGGUAGCGGUUCUCAUACCCCCUCGCAUCACGGAUCGCAGGAUCAAACUUUUACUACUGCUGCUACUCUCCCCAUCAAGCCCGUCCAGACCGGUCAAUUUGCUACUUCCAACCGUCCCAUGUCCCCCGCAUCCACUACUAGCCAGUCUAAAUACGCCGCCGCCCCCGUUGAGGCCGAUCCUUUCGCUGUCAAUACGGACGCUAAGGCGAAGGAGGACUUUGAGAAUGCUUUCGCUAGCUUCCAGAACUUACAUGCUAAGCCUACUAUUGCUACGGAGAUUGCAAAGGCUAGUGGGUUCUCCAAGUUUGACUCGGAGUUCUCGCCUAUUUCUGAGCUGGAGUGGGACGAUGAGAGUGACUCAGAGAGCGAGGCGGGUGAGACGAAGGGCGGGUUUGGAUUUGAUGAUGAUUUCGCGCCUGCUAGUCCUGCGGUCAAGCCUCCCUUCUCUAACGCAGCGCUAGCUAUCAAAGGGAAUACAGAGUAAGGAUGAAAGCGGAAAACCCAGACAAGUACGCUCAGGUACUUGAAAAGGAGCGGGAAAGGGACAGGCAGAGGUACAAGGAUGGAGGCAACGUGAAGAGGCGCGAGUGGCACCUUGCCAACAAGGAUGAAGUUAAUGCGAAAGCAAGGGAAAAGUACCUUGCCAACAAGGAUGAACGCAAUGCGAAGACAAGGGAAAGGUACCUUGCCAACAAGGAUGAACGCAA